CUUUCGGCGCUCGACUCGCCCGUGCUGCUGCCGCUGCCGAAGGAGGGGCAAAGCUCAAGAUGGCGGACAAAACGCCAGGCGGCUCUCAGAAGGCCAGUUCAAAGACCAGAUCAUCAGAUGUUCAUUCAUCUGGAUCUUCAGAUGCCCACAUGGAUGCAUCUGGACCCUCAGAUAGUGAUAUGCCAAGUCGGACACGACCUAAGAGCCCAAGAAAACAUAAUUAUAGGAAUGAAAGUACCCGUGAAAACGUUUGUGACUCUCCUCAUCAGAAUCUCUCAAGACCUCUUCUAGAAAACAAACUUAAAGCAUUCAGUAUUGGAAAAAUGAGUACAGCUAAGCGAACUUUAAGUAAGAAGGAGCAAGAAGAAUUAAAGAAGAAGGAGGAUGAAAAGGCAGCUGCUGAAAUUUAUGAGGAAUUUCUUGCUGCCUUUGAAGGAAGUGAUGGUAAUAAAGUGAAAACGUUUGUGCGCGGAGGUGUUGUUAAUGCAGCUAAAGAAGAACAUGAAACAGAUGAAAAAAGAGGUAAAAUCUAUAAGCCAUCUUCAAGAUUUGCAGAUCAAAAAAAUCCUCCAAAUCAGUCAUCCAAUGAAAGACCACCAUCUCUUCUUGUGAUAGAAACCAAAAAACCUCCACUGAAGAAAGGCGAGAAAGAAAAGAAAAAAAGCAAUUUGGAACUCUUCAAAGAAGAAUUGAAACAAAUUCAAGAAGAGCGUGAUGAGAGACAUAAAACAAAAGGCAGGUUAAGUCGAUUUGAGCCACCUCAGUCAGAUUCUGAUGGUCAGCGUCGUUCUAUGGAUGCGCCUUCAAGAAGAAAUAGAUCAUCUGGUGUUCUUGAUGAUUAUGCACCUGGCUCACAUGAUGUAGGAGAUCCAAGCACUACUAAUUUAUACCUUGGAAACAUUAAUCCACAGAUGAAUGAAGAGAUGUUGUGCCAGGAGUUUGGAAGAUUUGGGCCCCUGGCCAGCGUGAAAAUUAUGUGGCCCAGAACUGAUGAAGAAAGGGCAAGAGAGAGAAAUUGUGGCUUUGUGGCCUUUAUGAAUAGAAGAGAUGCUGAAAGAGCUUUAAAAAACUUAAAUGGAAAGAUGAUUAUGUCUUUUGAAAUGAAGUUAGGUUGGGGUAAAGCUGUGCCUAUUCCUCCACAUCCAAUAUACAUUCCGCCUUCCAUGAUGGAACAUACGCUUCCCCCACCUCCGUCAGGACUGCCUUUUAAUGCGCAGCCUAGAGAGCGGUUAAAAAACCCCAAUGCUCCCAUGUUACCACCACCUAAAAACAAGGAGGAUUUUGAGAAGACUCUGUCGCAAGCCAUAGUCAAAGUGGUUAUCCCAACAGAAAGGAAUUUGCUCGCCCUGAUACAUCGAAUGAUAGAGUUUGUUGUACGUGAAGGGCCAAUGUUUGAAGCUAUGAUUAUGAACAGAGAGAUCAACAAUCCUAUGUUCAGAUUCUUAUUUGAAAACCAGACACCAGCCCAUGUUUACUAUAGGUGGAAGCUUUAUUCUAUUCUGCAGGGAGAUUCUCCAACUAAGUGGCGGACGGAAGAUUUUCGUAUGUUCAAAAAUGGAUCUUUUUGGAGGCCACCACCGUUAAAUCCAUAUCUGCAUGGGAUGUCAGAAGAGCAGGAAACAGAAGCUUUUGUAGAGGAGCCUAGUAAAAAGGGAGCGCUUAAGGAAGAACAGAGGGACAAAUUAGAAGAAAUUCUGCGGGGGUUAACUCCAAGGAAAAAUGAUAUUGGAGAUGCAAUGGUUUUCUGUCUUAAUAAUGCUGAAGCUGCUGAAGAAAUAGUGGAUUGCAUUACCGAGUCAUUGUCCAUCUUAAAGACACCUCUUCCCAAAAAGAUUGCCAGAUUAUAUUUGGUUUCUGAUGUUUUGUACAACUCUUCAGCCAAAGUUGCCAAUGCUUCCUAUUAUAGAAAAUUUUUUGAAACAAAGUUGUGUCAGAUAUUUUCAGACCUCAAUGCUACCUAUCGUACAAUUCAAGGCCAUUUACAGUCUGAAAACUUUAAGCAACGGGUAAUGACCUGCUUUAGAGCAUGGGAAGAUUGGGCAAUUUAUCCAGAACCAUUUUUGAUCAAACUACAAAAUAUUUUCUUAGGACUUGUAAAUAUUAUUGAAGAAAAGGAGACAGAGGAUGUACCAGAUGACCUUGAUGGUGCCCCCAUUGAGGAAGAGCUUGAUGGUGCACCUCUAGAAGAUGUGGAUGGAAUUCCUAUUGAUGCUACUCCCAUUGAUGACCUUGAUGGAGUCCCUAUAAAGAGCCUUGAUGAUGAUCUUGAUGGAGUGCCUUUGGAUGCGACUGAAGACUCAAAGAAGAAUGAGCCUAUAUUUAAGGUUGCCCCAUCAAAAUGGGAGGCUGUAGAUGAAUCUGAAUUGGAAGCACAGGCUGUAACAACUUCUAAAUGGGAGUUAUUUGACCAGCAUGAAGAAUCAGAAGAAGAAGAAAAUCAAAAUCAAGAAGAAGAAAGUGAAGAUGAAGAAGAUACUCAAAGUUCCAAAUCUGAAGAACAUCAUUUGUACUCUAAUCCAAUCAAAGAAGAAAUGACUGAGUCCAAGUUCUCCAAGUACUCUGAAAUGAGUGAGGAAAAACGAGCUAAACUCCGUGAAAUUGAGCUCAAAGUUAUGAAGUUUCAAGAUGAAUUGGAAUCUGGAAAAAGACCUAAAAAACCAGGCCAGAGCUUUCAGGAACAAGUAGAACACUACAGAGAUAAACUUCUUCAACGAGAGAAAGAGAAAGAAUUAGAAAGAGAACGAGAAAGAGAUAAGAAGGAUAAAGAAAAAUUGGAAUCUCGAUCCAAAGACAAGAAGGAAAAAGAUGAGUGUACUCCAACAAGGAAAGAAAGGAAAAGGCGACACAGUACGUCCCCUAGCCCAUCUCGCAGUAGCAGUGGUAGACGAGUGAAAUCCCCAUCACCAAAAUCGGAGCGAUCAGAGCGUUCAGAAAGAUCUCAUAAAGAGAGCUCACGGUCCAGGUCAUCUCACAAAGAUUCUCCUAGAGAUGUUAGCAAAAAGGCCAAAAGAUCUCCAUCUGGUUCAAGGACACCUAAAAGGUCUAGGCGAUCACGGUCUAGAUCCCCUAAAAAAUCAGGGAAGAAAUCCAGAUCCCAGUCCCGAUCUCCACACAGGUCUCAUAAAAAGUCAAAGAAAAACAAACACUGACAUAAAUUUUUAAGAUGCUGUCACUUAUUGGAAAUGCGAUUUUGUUUUGUGCCUGAACGGUCUGUUUUUUUUAAAAAAAACAAAAAAACAAAAAAUCUAAUGAAAGAGCAUUCCUGGGGUUUUUCUUUGUUUGUGAAUGCAUGUGUAAACUCAUAAGUAACUGCAUCUGUAGACCUGUCGUUGUUUUAUAUUGUAUAAAUUACUUUCAUUGUGGCUGUUUCUCAAGGUGAAAUUUUUAUUGUGCUAAUGAGUUUCAUCAAAAAUGUGUAUAAUGGAUCUGCUGGCAGUAGUAAUAUUUUGUUUUAGGAUGUUGUGACUUAGCAAAAAAUAAUACAGAUGUCUUCCCCCCUUUUGUAGCUUUGACAAUUUGAAUUAGAUUUCAAAUAAAAUCUGAACAGAAAACUAUAACGUUGUUUUUUUGCCCUAUCGAUGACAUCAAGUCCCUUGAAGUCCUACUUAAGUGAGUUUAACACUUCUGCUGUGUUUCUUAUACCUAAUGCACUUUACAAGCUCCAUUGUUCAGGUAGCUAAAGUUUUAUAUUUACUAAGAUGACUGUCAAAAUUUAGGGACCUGAGACUCAACAUUUGGUAGGUUUGCCAACCAGUUUCUUUGGUAAGGUUCCCUUAAGUAAUACUAGUACCCAGAGAUCAAAAGACUAGGCAAAUGUGGUGUAGUCUUUUGUUAAUGCAAUGCCUGGUUAAAAUAUUUUUUUCUUUUUUCAGAGAAGCAAUAUGGUUUCAAUACACUUAACCUGUGUCCUGAGCAACUACUUAUUUUCAGGGAAAAAUUAAAUUUCCAUCUUCCGAUUUCAUCUUCUGUCAUUAGAAAAGUUUACUUAAAAGAAGUUUUCUAAUAAUAGUUGGCCAUAGAAUUUUUUUUUGAAGGUUACCCUUUUACAGCCCUCUGUAGGCUGUCUUUCAAACACUGGUAUCAGAAUAUUUCUACAAGGUUCAGUUUAAAGCAC